UCGCGCGCCCCCGUCGCCUGGCUCCCGCCGCCGCUCCGCGACCGCAAGAGAUUGCGCCUCCACCUGGCCGCCUCCGCCAUUUUGGCCGGCGAGCGGCGACCCGCACGGCUGCACCCGCCUCCGCCGCCGGCUUCUCGUCUUCCCUUCCGUCUCCUGUGAGUAGAUCUCUGGUUCCGUCGCUCUGGUGAGCAGAUCUCGCGCUCCUACGAACCUCACUGGCUCGCUCCAAUCCUGGUCAAAGUUCGCAGUAGUCCUUGCCGUCUCACCGUCGUUGUCUCUUCUCUCUAUGGCUCCGGGCUCCGGCUGCGCAGGUCUCGUGCACUCGGGGCCGCCGGCCGUUGAGGAACGGAGCCGCCGAGGGUUGAUGCGAAGGUAGGCUGCACCCUGAGGUCGUCGUGAUGGACGACAUGGAGGAGUACACCGUCAAAGAUGACCUCAGGGUGUGUGGCCUGCCCGCGGAUGACGACGACGACGACCUGACUGCCGGCGCUGAGGCAUUGUUCGGUAGCAGUGUUGCUCCGAUCAAUGUCGAUGCCCCUGAUGAUGCCGACGCUGGUGCUGGAGGUGAUGGCGUCGUCGCGUCGGCGACUCAGACGCCGGCCUCGACGCCUACUGCUUCUACUACCAACAACAUCUUGCUGAAGCGUGCCAGGUCUGGUGCCUGGAACGAAUUUGAGCCGAUCUUUGAGACCUUGCCCUCUGGCAAGCAGGUACGAAUCGCUGCCAAGUGCCACCACUAUAAUCAUGUUCUGUCUGCUCGAUCUGCUUCUGGUACUGGACAUCUGCUCCGUCACCAGACGCAAUGCGUCAAGAAAGCUAAGCAUGCUGCUUUAGUGCAGUCUUGCAUCCAGUUCAAUGGUGAUGGUUCAGUCACUGGUUGGCAAUACAAACCCGAUGUUGCUCGGAGAGAGCUGUGCCGGUUGAUUUCUAGACUUGAUUUACCUCUUGGUUUUGGUUAUGAAGAAGCAUUUGAAGAGUACAUUCAGUGUGCUCACAAUCCUUGUUUUUCUAGAGUCUCUAGACAGACCACUACUAGAGAUUUGGAAAAAUACUUUCUUGAGCGUCGUACUACUCUAAUUGAUAGCUUGCAUUCUGUUACAUCUGUUUGCCUCACUUCUGACAUUUGGUCGGGCAAUGCUAAGGAAGACUAUCUUAAUGUGGUUGCUCAUUUUAUUUCUGCUGAUUGGGAGUUAGAGCAGAGAGUCAUUGGGCUUAGACUCAUUGAUUGCUCACAUAAUGGUGUUAACAUUGCUGAACGUGUUGAAUCUGUUGUUCAUGAGUUUGAUUUGACAGAUAAAAUCUUUGUUGUGACCUUUGAUAAUGCUUCUUCUAAUUCCAGAGCUAUGUCAAAGCUCAUUCCUAUGUUUGUUGGUUAUUUUGGUCCUGAUCCUACACCACUUGACAAUGUUAACAGAGAAAAUGACAAUGCAUUGCGUGGACUCUUGCACCAGCGAUGCGCAUGUCACAUUAUAAAUCUCAUUGUCAAAUCUGGUUUGAAAAGGAUCAAGUCUUAUCUUGAGGCUUUUAGAACUGCAAUCUCUUAUUUGAACUCUUCUAACCAACGCAUUGGUGAAUUUCAUAACUAUUGCAUUGUUAAGGGGGUUAAACCUCGCAAGUUUGGUUUGGAUAUGGAUGUGAGAUGGAACUCUACCUAUCUCAUGCUCAAGCAUCUCAUACCAUACAAGGGCACUUUCCCGACCUUUAUUGCUGCUAAUUAUGGUUUGGUUAAUGGUGAGCCACUACUCAGUGAAGGUCAUUGUGCUGUUGCUAAGAAAAUCAUGGAGUUUCUUGGAAUUUUUUAUGAAUCAACUGUUGCUUUGUCUGGUGUUUAUUAUCCAACUAGUCCUCUGAUUCUACAUCAUAUCCUUGAAAUUGCUUGUCAUUUGCAUGCCAGAGAGACUGAUCCUUUGCUCAUGAGCAUUCUGACUCCUAUGAAACUGAAGUUCCUCAAGUAUUGGCAAAACAUCCCUCUUUUGUAUUCCUUUGCUUUUGUUUUGGAUCCAAGGGCUAAGAUGAGAGGAUUUCAUAAUGUUCUCCAGCUUCUUUCUCAGGCUGUUGGUGUUGAUUAUUCUAAUUACUUCACUGAGGUAAGAGCUGAACUGUACAAACUAUAUAACAAGUAUGAAAACAAGUAUGGUGCAGUUAGGUUGCAGAGGCCCUCCAACAUAUCAGGAUCAUCUGGUAAAAAAAAUGCUUGGGGUAAGAUAUAUGGAGCUGCUGGUACAAGUCCCUCUUCUACUGCUCUUGCAUCUACAUCUUCUCCUGCUGUAUUUGUGCCUCUUGUUUCAGAGUUGGCUUCCUACUUGGACAGCGACAUUGUCACCUGCUUUGAUGAUGAUUUUGACAUAUUAAUUUGGUGGCAUGAGCACAAACUGACAUAUCACAUUCUGUCCAUACUAGCAAAAGAUGUUAUGUCUGUUCCAGUUUCUACUGUCUCUUUGGAAUCUUGCUUUAGUCUCACUGGCAGGGUGAUCGAGUAGCGUCGACGACACUUGGCGCCUCAUAAUGUGGAGUACUUGACCUGUGUCAAGGACUGGGAAGCUGCUGAUGCAAGGGCACAACAUGAUGUCGAGAAGUUUGGCAUCAAGGACAAUGCUGAAGGGCAGGCUGCUGGAAAUGAGUCUGUCCCUGCCAAUGGCUAGUCAUGAGAAGUGAAGGCAAGGGGCAAGGCUGGGCCUAGGCAAGAGGCCAGCAGUAGUGUUUUGCGAUUUUGAUCUUCUGUUUGUAAUGUACUAACGAGUCUGCUGAACUUAAACAAUGUGAUGUAAUUUUGAACAAUUAUAGAGUUUGGUUGUACUCUUUUUCCCUUCCUAGGGUUUUCUCACAAGGGUGAGUUUUACCUAGGAAGGUUUUUAAUGAGGCAGCAACACUUGAUCACAUAGAUCAAGUGUUAAAACAACUCUAUAGUUGUGUUAUCACUUAUCAGUUAACUUAAGUGAUAUUUUGCUAUA